AUCGGUGGUUCUGACUUCAAGAUUAUUUACCGACAUUACGCUACGCUUUAUUUUGUGUUCUGUGUGGAUUCAUCAGAGAGUGAGCUAGGAAUACUUGAUCUCAUACAGGUAUUUGUGGAAACUUUAGACAAGUGUUUUGAAAAUGUCUGUGAGCUGGAUCUUAUAUUUCAUAUGGACAAGGUUCACUUUAUUUUACAAGAGAUUGUAAUGGGUGGUAUGGUACUAGAAACAAACAUGUCUGAGAUUUUAACCCACAUUGAGGCACAGAAUAAAUUAGAAAAAUCAGAGGCUGGAAUAAGUGCUGCACCUCAGAGAGCAAUGUCUGCUGUUAGAAAUAUCAGUCCAAACCUACAUAAUCUUCCCAAACCUAAUAUAAACCUACCAUCCAUGAAAUCACUCCCGCACAUAAACUUACCCUCCUUCAAGUAGAAUAACAAAUGUUCUAUUUUUCUAAUUAAAAUGACUUAACUGUUGUUGAUAAUGAUACAUAGAAUGAAAUAAUUUUAUUUUCAUGUACAGGUUGUUACAGUUGUAGGUAGCUUAGAGUUACAUAGGGUAGUAUUGGUGACAGGAGAGAUUAUAAUCUAGGGCCGAGUUGUUCAAAGCUGGGUUAAUAUAAUCCAGGGUUAUUAUGAAGUUUGUUUUCAGAUCUGAAAGCUUUAAAAUGAAAUUCAGUAUAAUUUUUUUUUGGUUACAAUUUGGUGAUUGGAUGCCCCACAAAGAAUACUUAAGUAAAAAAUUAUCCCACAUAGGCUUUUGAACAUAGGAAAAAAAAAGAAACUCAGUUUAUAUUUUAUCCAUGGGUUAGCACUAAUCAGCCUUCGAACAACUGGGCCUAGGUCUGUAAUGCUGCGAGUGUUUCUGGGGUCCUAGACAAAUCUUGGGUCUCAAAGAUGGAGCACUUUUGCAAACACUGAUGUCCCCUAACAUUAUAUUAAAACAAUUUAAAGUCAAGAUUGCUACCCUGGUGUUUAAGAUUUAUAGCUGUCAAUGGGCACUCACCAUUUGGUCAGAACUGUCUUAUCAGACUGCUUAAUUUAGGUGAGCUUUUUUUUGUUUUGUUUUUUUUUUUCCCAAUCAAGUGUUUCUCCAUAUUUCCAAGAAAAAGUUAUCCAAGAAUAAGGUUCACAAUUUUUAGACUGACAGAUUUGAUGAGUUAAUUAAGAGUUACAACUGUAUUUGUGAAAUAGGUUGGCCAGCCUGGCUUCUCCGUUUAGACUUAUGGUGUGAAACUAAUACAAUUGUUUAAGAAAAAAACCUUGGUGACGCUAUCUUUGUGAAUUAAACUACUAGAUGUAAAUGCCUGUCUUCAAGGCCAAGUCUUGAUUUAAUACUGGGGGCAGUCAGCAAAUUAUGUAUGAUAAAAAUGAUAUUCACAAAUGUACACUAUACAUGGAGGGUUGUUCAAAUUGGGACACUUAAAACUAAAGUUGCCCAGUCUGUGUGCAUAAGCAGUACUAUAGUAUCUAAAGAUAGAGCUGAAAAAGUCCAAUAAGAGCAUUUUUUGUUAAACAAAUGUUAAAAGUAAACUAGGAUUGUAGUGGUUUUGCAUGAUUAUGUUCUCAUGAUUUAUCCAGAACACUCCUGCCAUCUUUCAAACCAACAAGUUGCAAUGAAAAUAAAAAAGAAUCAUGCCUUCUUUGCAUGUUCCUGAA